AUGCUGGAGCGUCAUUUUAGAGAUUUACUGCCUCGCGUGCAGAGGAUGGGCAGAGGCGCUGAAGUGAGAUACCUAAACGACAUGAGGAAGUGUAUUCGUGAUGCCUUCAGACACGUUUGCGAGGAAGAGUCUGUGACUUGUCCAGAAAUCGAACGUCGCUUCAGCAUCCAUCGGAAGGAGUACCACAGCCCGUGCCAAAAUCAGAACACGGUAAUUUUUAAUAUAGUAUAUUAG